UUUCGGACGCGAUUCAGAUCGUAAAUAUCGCCCGCGGCCGUUGGAAGUGCAUACAAUAGCGUUAUUUUCUACGCCCGCCCGCCGCCGCCGACUCGCGGUUUCCGUUUUUUUCCCUCUUUUUACGACGACCCUGUGAAUUUGUGAUAUUACUAUUAUUAUUUACUCCGUGUCCGCUUGACAGUCGAAACCGACCAAAACGGUUUAACUUUUCCGCUCUCCGAUUUCCGGCGGGCUGACCGUUUUUCGAUAUUUUGUUCGCGAGUCCGUCGAUUAAUAAUAAUAAUUAUAUUAAUCUAUAAUAAUAGUAAUCGUUGCGAUAACGUCGACCGUACGGCAAAACGGCCAGUGACACGACGAUAACGACAACAAUUAUACGAUAUUAAUAAUAAUAUUAUGAACGCGGACGGCGCGACCGCAGCAGCUGCAGCCACGACUAGGACCAACGACGACGACGACGACAAUCGCGCCGCCACCGCCGCACUGAAAGACGUUAAUAUCACUCAUUAUAGUCGUUAAAAGCGGUCGCAGCGAGUAUAAUAGCUGCUGCCGGUGGUUCCCUCGUCGCAGGUUCAGUUUUUCCCACACCCCCCGACCCUUAGACAUUUUGUGAUAACGAUUGUUAUUGUUAUUUAUUUUUACGGGCGUGCGUGUCCGGACGUGUAGUUCAGUAGGUAGUAGCGUAGGACGUAUAGAUAGACGUUACUGCACUAGGCAGGAAGGUAGGCAGACAGAGACAGAUUGGCCCGUAUCGGAUUUCCGUUCGCCGAUCGAUCGAUAGUCUGUAGGUAUAAUAUUACAUAAUAAUAUUAUUAUCAUCGUAGCAAUAAAUCGUAGUCGUCCGCUCCGACGACGAGAUCGAUAAGUCGGUGUGUGCGUGCGCGCGUCGUCCGCCGCCAACGCCGUCGAUGAACGAACUUUUCGGCGAUUUUUUCGCGUAAAAGCCUACGGGAUGGAUACGUGCGUGGACCCCAACGUACCGCCGUGGAAGUUGGAGCUGAUCAACAGGAGACGGACGAGAAACAGUCAAUCAAAGUGCGGCGGCGGCGGCGGCAAUAACGAACAACAACUACAGGUAAAACCAGUUCAAUGGACCUGGUCCCCCCCCACCACUCAACACUUUCUCCAGCAGCCGAAUGCCGCCGCCGCCCAGAUACCGAUGCCGCAGCCGCCGCAUCAGCAGCAGUCCACAGUCGUAGUCGGCACCGCCGUGUGUCCCACCAGCAUGAGGCUGUUCAAGUGCGAGGCCACCGCUAUCAUGACCAAUUUCAAGAAAAAUCCGCAGAUCAACCGCUGUCGAUCAAAAUUCAAAACCAAACCGCAGAUCAUCACCGAAAUCACCAAUGGCCUGGACUACCAUUCGGAUUCCAGCGAAGAAUUCAAGUACGGGCCGGGCAUCGUGAACAAACUCAAGUCUAAGUACAUGAGCAUGACGGUGCGCGAACAAAAACCCAGACCGUCGUUGCGCCGGUCCACCAGCAUGGACAAUAUUGUUGACGACAAGAGGCUCAACGACAAACCCAAACUCUACUCGCAGCCGGAUGUUGUCAGUAUGGCAGCGACCGUCAAGAGCGAGACCAUGAAACGUGCCCGUUCCAUGGAGACUUUGUCCGAUCCCCAUUCGGGCAACACUAACGGCUACAUGGAUGAACAACAGCCGAAGACAACAAAUGGUGAUUUGCCGCCACCUGAUGUCGUCAAAACGUAUAAAAAAAUAUUUGAAACCAAAACACAGACCGAACUGAAACCCAUCAAGAUAAAGCCUGCAAUACUGCCUAAGCCAAUGAUGAGCCCAGAAAAAUCACGUCCGGCUAGAAUGAACAAAGCGCCAUUGAAGAAAAUGUCCCCACCGAUUAAAUAUCCAAACAGAUUAAAAAAGAAGGAGUCGUUAGGUUUUGAUCGUUCCAAACCAUUGAUCAAUGAUGAGGUUAGUUCUAGCCAAGAUGAAUCAUCUAUGUCGUCUGAUGAUGGUGGAUCGCAAAGACACAGGGUUACUAUUAAAGCUGCCAUUACUGCAACAGCUAUUGAUAAUAAACCAAUAUCAAUACAAACCAAGCAGAUAUGUGUUAUCAGACCAACAACCAGAACUACUUUACAGCCUGAAGAAACUACAAAUGCUCAAUUGUCUGAUAAAGAAAUAGAAAAAAAAUUUAUAAAUAAUAGUAAUAAUAGUACCAAUAAUAUCAAUAAUACCAAUAGUACCAAUAAUACCAACGGUGAAAAAAGAAUAAGUGGCUUAUGGGAUAAAAAACGUUGGGAUAAUCAUGAAAACAGUGUAGUUUUCAAUUUCGUCAACAGAAAAGGAGUCCCAAACUAUAUUGACAGUGAAGGUCCAGUGCAAAGAAGAGACAAUUCUUAUGGAGUUAAAGAUGGUUGUAUCAUGUUGGACGCUCAUUGUGAAGAAUCAAGUACUGAUGAUAUUGACAAUGUAAAUCAUGAUAAUUAUGUUACUUUUGUUGGUGACAAUAUUAUAAUUGGUCGUUCAAACCUUCGAAAAGAAAAUUCACCCACUCCGAAAAAAGACCUCCACAUAAAAUUUUCUGACGUACUCGAAACGACGCACGAAUAUCCGUCUGAAGCAUCGAUGUUAGUCGAAGAGGAGUCUACAAAAAACGACGAUUCUACAACCAUGUCGCCAAAAAGUAAAUUCGGCAAUUACAUUCCAAGUAAAUUGGGACCAAAUGAAGAAGCAUUUCUCGGUGAAUACGGUGUGAGCAGAAGUAAUAUGAAACCCGUAAAACGCGCGGUCGAUAAAAACGAAGAAGACAUGUCAGUGAUGGACACAUAUGUGCCCUGGAGUGAAGAAACUACACCCGAUCUCUUGUUUUGAGUUCCUAAUCUUUAUAUUUUGUAUUGUAUGAGCUCAAUGGUGUUUUUUUCCAAACAAUAUAAAUUUAACGGAAAAAUCGAUUUCUUUACGUAUUUUUUUUUUUAUAUUAAAUAACUAUAUUACCUGUAUUAAAGUUUAAUUUAAACAUGGCCAACACGAUAAAAUACAAGACUCAAUGAGAAAUUCCUCGACUGAAAAACUACAUUCUUUACAUAAUAUUUAUAUAUUUUUACGAUUCCUAUAAAUACGUGUAAUAUUUUUUUGCUAAGUAGUUUUCGUUUAUUAUUUAAUAUUUCUACUAUUAACUUUGAUGUUGUUUAUUUAUUUGUGCUUUUUUUUUCUUUUUUUAUAUAAUAUAAUACAAUCAUAAUAAUAUGAUAUUUCGAUGUUUAAA